AUGAUGAUCUGGUCGGCUUAUUUGCUUGCUGAUUGGGUUGCGGCCUUUGCUGUUGGACUCAUCUCCAAUGGGCAAGGGGAUGACUGUGAGAAGGUUAGGGUAAAUGAUGACCUUGCAGCUUUUUGGGCUCCAUUCCUUUUGCUACACCUUGGUGGCCCUGAUACCAUCACUGCUUUCUCUCUCGAAGAUAAUGAGCUGUGGAUUCGACAUUUGCUUUGGCUUGUCAUCCAGCUUGUUGCAGUUCUUUAUUAUGCUGAGUGGACCCGUGCUCUAUAUCUAGCAUGCUUGGGUAAUUUCAAGGACAACAUGCUUCCAAAACCAGAUGCUGGACCAAAUUAUGCUCAGCUCAUGGAGGAAUACUCAUCUAAGGAAGCUGCCCAAGUUCCAGUUGAAAUUGAAAUAGUAAAGGAACCUGAAAAAGGUUUCAGAACUAAUAUACCGGAAGAGGAAGAAUUACCUCAAGAUCCAAAACCAAAACUUACAGAUAUUGAGGUGGUGAAACAUGGGCACGAUUUCUUUAAAAUUUUCAAGGGACUUAUUGUUGACCUCAUGUUUAGCUUCCAUGAACGCAAUGAGAGUCGAAAACUCUUCUUUCAAAGGCAUUAUGAAGAUGCUUUUAAAGUGAUGGAAGUUGAGCUCAAUUUGAUUUAUGAUGUGCUCUACACUAAGAUGGCAAUGGUGCAUCGUAAGGUCGGAUACUUUUUCCGCAUCAUAUGUUCUGUUCUGAUAGCGGCAUCCUUCAUACAAUUUGCAUCCAUUCAUAAAGACCACGAAAUCCAUAGAACUGAUGUUGCUGUUACCUACACUUUGCUUAUUGGUGCUGUUGGCUUGGACUUACUGGCUCUCUUCAAGCUCAUUUUCUGUGACUGGACUAUAGUGAAACUCAAGAAUUCCAAGGCCAAUUCUACUGUUUCUGCCAUCCGUGAGAGAGUUUCAUUUGACAAUAGAUGCCGGUGA